AUGAGUUUGAUUAUAUUGGUUAUAUCACUCUGUUGUGGGUUAUGUGUUGUCAACUCAGCAAAGUGUCCAAACAAUCCACUUGAAAAGAUUACUGAAUUUGGUGAACUAUCUAGACAACUCGGACAAAGACCAGUUUCUGGGAUACAACCAUUAUGUGGGCAAUAUUGUGACGAACAUAAGAAUUCUAAAUACAGAAAGAUUCAACAACAAAUGUUCUCAAUUCUAUACCCUGUUUGCCCACCAGUUGGAUUAGAAGAAGAUGCUGAUGCGUUGAUGGAUAAGACAGGUGGUGAUUGUACAGCAUUAAAAGGAGAAUGUGCUAGACUAGCUAGUCAAACUUUAGAUGAUGGUGAUGCAGGACGAGGUGAAGUGUGCAGAUCACACAAACCAACAGUAGAGUGUUCAUUGGUUUACGCCAAAGAAUGCCUGGAUUCUGAAACUAAAUUAUACAACUCAGCUUUCGCCUCCUAUCUUAGAUAUUACGUUAGCUAUUGUCGAAAAACUCAGAAACCAGGCGGUGUCACUCAACCACAAUCACCUCCAACAAAUCAAUCUCAGAUACGAUGUGCCAGAUUGGGCAAGAAAUGUUCCAAAAUUGCGCAGAAAGCUAACGUUAAAAAUUGUUCAAUCAUGAAGAAAUCAUAUCGAUGUCUGGAUAAAUAUGUAAAAGCUUGUAAAUGGAUGCUCUCCCCUUAUACACUUAAUGCUAUCCAGACGUCUCGUUCACAUCUGUAUAACCAAUGUUCUCUUGGAGCAGAUAUGAUGAUGGGUGAUGAAAACAGACAAGCGUCAGGUGUCGGUACUGUUCGUUCUGUUAUUAUCAUAAGUGCUGACUAA